UAUAUACAAGGUGUUAAUGAAAAACAAACGCUUUACAUCAUAGAUUGUUUUUUCACACCCGGUAUAUAUUCCAAAAAAAAAAAUCUUUCCAUGUUUUAACACAGAUGAUAAUUUUAACGUUUGACGAUUGAGUUUUAAUUAAUAAUGCCUUUUGGGUAUUCAUAAAUAAUAAUAAUAUUUAUUUAAACGGUAAAAAUAAAUCAAACUUGAUUUAUCCAUAACGAUAUGAUGAGAGCGAUGUGAACAAGACAAUGGUUUACAGUAAAAUGAUCUAAUACUUCAAUCUUUACGGCUUCCUCUCAUGAUGUCAUGCUUUUGUUUUUCUAGAAGAUGAAUUAUUGUGAUAAAUAUUUAAGUAAAAUAAAAUAAAUCAAACUUGGUGAAAAAUACAUUGUGCAACAUUUAUUCCUUAUCGGAGUUUGCGGUCGGUAUUAUUUUUAAUCGGACUUUGCAGCUUCCGGUAUGACGACUAUGAUAUCACGCGUUUGUUUUUCUAGAUUGCGGUUUCCGUUUCCGUUUCCGGCCUAGCAUUGUACCCAGCAAACAACUCGCAAUUCACGUCAGUCUCUACUUGCCUCUCGUCGAAAUUAGUCGUUUCACUGUGAAAAAUAAAAAAAAUGUUUCUGUGCAGCACUUGUGGGGAAUUGUUUUCCUAUAAAAGGAAUUUGACAAGACAUGCGAAGACUUGUAAUGCCAAUGAAAUCCAAACUGCCACGCCCCAAACCAGCGUGGACGAGGGUGCUAGCCUUAGUAAACAUAUGUGCCAAAAAUGUUUGAAAUCCUUUAGCAGAAGUGAUAGUUUAGGCAGGCAUAUGAAGAUUUGUAAAGGAGCCCCUAAUGUCAAUCAGCCUGAACCAAAAAAUUUAGAGAAGACCUCCCUAAAAAGGACGAGCUCUGCCACUAACAUCAAUCAGGUAGAGCCAGAGUCUUCGGUGCCAAAGAGAGCUAGACUUGGUUUCAAUAACGAACACUUGGUAAUGCAGGAGGAAGGUGUUUACUUAGUUAAUACCUCUUACAAAAACCGAAUUGCUACAUACCGACUUUUAUCGAAAAAAGAUCCUAUCAGCGUUAAUGAUUUUUUAGCUAAUCUCCGCGAAAAAAUUAUUGCGUUGGUAAGGUGCCAAAUCGAAAGAUUUGGCAAUGUGAAAGUCGGUAUGGAGCUUUUCGGUCGUUUCCUCCUGCAGACAAAGGAGGUAGAGGAGACCAAGUCCUUUGGCUCUAGGUUCAGGGGAGCAAGUCAGGGCACCGAUUUGGAGGAGUUGUUUGAUCAGUUCACCACUAUCAUUAAGCGGAGAUUCCAGGAGUUCAAUGAAAAAGAUAGUGGUUGGACUCUUCAGCAACUCCUUCACGUAGAUGUAAGGGUAAAUAAAAUCAACCCACUAAAAGCCUCAUCUUAUAUACCAUUACCGAAGGAAAUAGAAGCGAAAAGGGCUGUGUUGAACAUACAAAACACUGACCAGAAAUGUUUUGUAUGGUCGGUUUUAGCCGCCUUUCACCCAGUUCAUUGGACUCAGAACGCUAACAGAGUCCUGAAUUACCACCCAUUUGAACAGGAAUUGGAUGUGACAGGUAUAGAUUUUCCGAUAUCCUUAAAACAAAUUUCAAAAUUCGAACAACUCAAUAAUAUUUCUAUUAAUGUUUAUGGACUCGAGAAGGGUUAUAAACAUGAUAGGAAUAUUAUUGAAGUUGUUGGUCCUUUGUAUUUUACUAGAUCUCAUAAGGCAGAUAGACAUGUGAAUUUGUUAUUAAUCAGUGAUGAUUCUGGCAAUAAUCAUUAUUGUUUAAUAAGAAAUAUGUCUCGCCUAAUCUCACAGCAGCUUUCUGCUAAAAAAGUUGCUAAAUACUUGUGUGAUGGUUGCUUGGUUUAUUUUUCUUCAGAUAUUAAAUUAGAAAAUCAAAAAUACGAUUGUGGUCAUGUUGUAGUUGAAACUCCUUCGGUUAAUUUAAAGAAAAAUAAAUAUGGUGAAAACAUUCCCGAGAAUAUCCUUAAAUUUACGAAUUUCGAACGAAAAUUAAAAGUACCUUUUGUUGUAUACGCUGAUUUUGAAACUAUUUUGGAACAUAUACAAACAGAGCAAAACGAGCUGGAUCCUGAAAUUUCCUAUACGGUGAAAACACACCAACACGUUCCUUAUUCUUUUGCCUAUUACAUUAAAUGCGAUUUUGAUAAUUCUCAGUCGAUUUUCAAGACUUUUAGAGGACCUGAUGCACAUAAAGUUUUCAUAGAUUGGUUAGAGACUGAUUGUAAAUCAAUCUACAAUCGAUUUAUGAAAAAUAUUGUAUCCAUGUCUCCUCUCAGUAGUGUACAAGAAGCCGAGUUUUAUCAGAUGACGCAUUGUCAUAUUUGCGAAUCUCCUUUUAAUGUGGAAGAUGACAGAGUAAGGGACCACUGUCAUCUGACAGGGAAUUAUCGAGGUGCGGCUCACUCUGUUUGUAAUCUAAAUUUUAAAGUACCUAAUUUUAUUCCUGUGUUCUUCCACAACAUGUCAAAUUUUGACAGUCAUCUUUUUAUAAAAGAAUUGGCUGUGGAGGAAGAACGAUUGGACGUCAUCCCCCAAAACAAAGAAAGAUAUAUUUCUUUUACAAAAUAUAUUAUGGUGGGGGAUGACGGCAAUAACCAGGAAAAGCGACAACAAAAGUUAUUUUUAAAAUUAAGAUUUUUGGAUAGUUUUCGAUUUAUGGCCUCCAGCCUGGAUAAGUUAAGUCAAAAUUUAACAUCACAGCAGUGUCGCGAGGUUAGAAAGUAUUUCCCUAACGAAGAAGAAUUUAAGGUUAUUCGUAUGAAGGGUGUUUUCCCAUAUUCGUACGUAGAUUCUUUUUCCAAAUUAGACGAUACCAAGCUUCCACCCAUUGAUGGUUUCUAUAACGAGCUUAGAAAAGAAGCCAUCAAACAAGGAGAUUACGAGCGUGCAUUGAACGUAUGGAAUUUAUUUAAAUGUCAAACUUUAGGCGAAUAUUCAGAUAUAUAUUUAAAAUCCGACGUACUAUUAUUAACUGAUGUUUUUGAGAAUUUUAGAGAGGUGUGUCUACAAACAUACGGUCUAGAUCCUUCCGGGACCGGUUCCUCAUCCAAAUACCAACUUAAACUUUUUUGUAUGUGA